AUGAGAAAUGCAAUUAGAUGUUGCAUAGCUUGUAUUUUUCCAUGUGGUUCACUUGAUGUAAUUAGAAUAGUUCAUUCUAAUGGUAAAGUUGAAGAAAUUAGUGAUUCUCAUGUAAAAGCCUCAGAAAUUAUGAAACUUUAUCCCAAACACAUCUUAAAAAAACCAACAUCUUCAUAUUCAUCAUCAUCAAAUGAUCAAGAUAUUUGUAGUCCUAAAAUUGUUGUUGUCCCUCCUGAUGCUGAGCUACAACGCGGCAAGAUUUAUUUCCUCAUGCCAAUGCCAUCAUCAUCUUCUUCUUCUGUUCCUCGUGAUCAGAAGUCAAAGACUCGUUCUAAAUCAUCCACGAAGAACAAGAAGAUCACACAUGUCACAUCAGAGGGACAUGAAAAUGGAGACAGUGUUAACUUACUGACGUCUGAUCAGUAUUUGAGUGAUAUUUUAUCAGAAAAAAUGUCAACACAAAGAUAUAGAAGAAGAGGAAGAGUUGGUGUAUGGAGACCUCAUCUAGAAAGCAUCUCUGAAACAAUCAUUGAAUCAUGA